UCCUCCCUCUCUCCCCCGUCCCUCCCACUCAGCAGGUUGGGUCUGUCAAACUAAAAACCAACCCUGUCUGGCCGUUGAGUGCCUCCUCCCCCAGACCCGCUGCCUGCAUUAAUAUUCAGCGCCUCGGCCAAUGGGGAGAGCUGGGUGGAUGACAUCAUGGGCUAGGGAACAGUGAGCAGCCAGUGAAGCAUCCAGCCUGCCGAACAAGCCUGCUUUUAGGGUCAGGAACUGGUCCGACAAGCGAAUGGCAAUCCUGCCUUUAAACUGUGUGUAGUGCAGCCGACGAUGAAGCUGCGGCAGCUCGGGGCUCACAGGAGAGAGACGCAGCCAGAGAAUGUGAAGACAUAUUUCAGGACAUUGUGAGUACCACUAAAGAUGUCUGAUAGUGUUGAAAUUGAAGAGAAACCACCAGCCCCCCCCUUGAGAAUGAACAGUAGUUCCCGAGACACUUCAUCAGUGAAUCACGCCUCCAAACCGCUUCCAAUGGCUCCCGAAGAGAAAAACAAGAAGGUCCGCCUGCGCUCCAUCUUUCCCGGGGGAGACAAGACAAACAAGAAGAAGGAGAAGGAGCGUCCCGAGAUAUCCCUACCCUCAGACUUUGAACACACUAUUCACGUCGGCUUUGAUGCUGUAACGGGAGAAUUCACAGGUAUCCCAGAGCAAUGGGCCAGACUUCUACAAACCUCCAACAUCACUAAGCUGGAACAGAAGAAGAACCCACAAGCUGUACUGGACGUCUUAAAGUUCUACGACUCCAAGGAGACCGUCAAUAACCAGAAAUAUAUGAGCUUCACAUCUGGAGACAAGUCAGCCCAUGGUUACAUCGCUGCAAACACUCUGAACCGACUGCUGUCAUCUGGGCCUCCUGUCAGCCUUAGAACCUGCAGCGCAUUAUUUGACAAGGGUGCCAAAACAUCAUCCACGGAGCCACCGAUCGCUCCCCCAGUGUCAGAAGAGGAAGAUGAGGAAGAGGAGGAGGAAGAGGAGGAGGAAGAGGAGGAGGAUGACGAUGACGAACUACCCCCAGUCAUUGCACCUCGGCCCGAGCACACCAAAUCUAUCUACACACGCUCCGUCAUGGACCCACCAAAGCCUCCGUCCCCCGUGAAAGAAGUGGUCACACCACCGGAGUCAAAGGUCGAGCCAGAGAACACGUCCAACACAAUGUACCGCCACACUGACCGCCAGAGGAAGAAGUCUAAAAUGACAGAUGAGGAGAUUCUGGAGAGACUCAGGAGUAUCGUGAGCGUGGGGGAUCCUAAAAAGAAGUACACACGCUUUGAGAAAAUAGGACAAGGAGCCUCUGGCACUGUGUACACUGCCAUUGACAUUGCAACUGGCCAAGAGGUGGCCAUUAAGCAGAUGAACCUGCAGCAGCAGCCCAAGAAAGAGCUGAUCAUCAAUGAGAUUCUGGUGAUGAGGGAAAACAAGAACUCCAACAUAGUCAACUACUUGGAUAGUUACUUGGUAGGAGAUGAGCUGUGGGUGGUGAUGGAGUAUUUGGCUGGCGGCUCAUUGACAGAUGUAGUGACGGAGACCUGCAUGGACGAGGGCCAGAUCGCUGCAGUCUGCAGGGAGUGUCUACAAGCUCUAGACUUCCUCCACUCCAACCAAGUCAUUCACAGAGAUAUAAAAAGUGACAACAUCCUGUUGGGCAUGGACGGAUCUGUCAAGCUGACCGACUUCGGCUUCUGCGCUCAGAUCACUCCGGAGCAGAACAAGCGUAGCACUAUGGUAGGAACACCGUACUGGAUGGCACCAGAAGUGGUGACGAGGAAGGCCUAUGGUCCAAAGGUGGACAUCUGGUCACUGGGAAUCAUGGCGAUAGAGAUGGUGGAGGGAGAACCGCCGUACCUGAACGAGAAUCCUCUCAGGGCGCUGUACCUGAUAGCCACCAACGGAACUCCAGAGCUGCAGAAUCCAGAGAGGCUGUCGUCUGUCUUCAGAGAUUUUCUCAACCGCUGCCUGGAAAUGGAUGUGGACCGCAGAGGGUCUGCCAAGGAGCUGCUACAGCACUCCUUCCUCAAGCUGGCCAAGCCUCUGUCCAGCCUGACGCCUCUGAUUGUAGCCGCAAAGGAAGCCAUAAAGAACAGCAGUCGCUAGGACGUGCCCUCAGUCCACACCCACGCCUGCGUCGUGUGCUCACUCACGAUCUGGGUGUUGAGGGUGUGGGGGGGGUGAGCGACCUGUGGUAAUGGCACUAGACGGGGGGGUUUGUGUGACUUAUAGCGACAGCGCAAGGACAAACCCACACCCCCCCUCCCCAGGCCUCACGUGUAGGUUAGACAUCUGGCCUUGCAGCCUCUCGGCCCGUGCUGCUGAACAGACCUUGUCUCUUCCUUCACUUUUCCAGCACUCUGUAUGUGUCGAGCCUUCCAUCACAACCGCCUGUGUGUGCGUGUGCGUGUGUGUGUGUGUGUGAACAUCACCUUAUGUCCUUUUGUGUGGUUCAAGGAGGCAGCCGCUCACUCCAUCCAAAAACAAAGCUGAAACAAAUGAAAACAAAGGACGCUCAGUUUCCAAACGAAACUUCAGGAGUGAAGAGGAGACGAUGGCAGAAACCAAUCCUUCCCUGGCCUGUUCUGGACUCCAUUAUUAUUCCUGUCGUCCCCUUUGCGGAAUAUCAGGACACCCCUGCACCUGCACUGACCAGCUGAUGUGAGAGAAAGUGACUCCUGACCUUUGCCUGCAUGACUACGGCUCUGUGCAGAAACACUGCUCCUGCUCUGCAGAUCCUUACAUCUCAGUGUGUGUGUGUGUGUGUGUGUGUGUGUGUGUGGAGAUGCAGCUACAAAUGGAAAAGUCAUGAAUGGAUUCACUAGACCUUCUCCGGCUUUAACCAUCCUUUAGUAGGUGAUUGAUUUGGAUCUCGUAUGUCAUGUGACCUCAUCUCCCUCCAGACUGAAUCUGGAGUUCAUUUUAAGGAAAAAAAAAAAAAAAACAUCUUCAGUGUCAGAGUCGUUGUGUGGAGACAAAUCCACCAAUCAGUGGUUCUCAAACUAUGGCACUCAAACAACUAAUGCUCCCUCUAGUGGUACACGAUUUUUUUUUUCAAAUUGCUUGGGCAAAAAGUGCAGUGGUAACUUUAAACUGGAAGUACACACAGUCCUGUGAACUGUACUGCACUAAAUGAAAAAGAAAAAAAAGUGAGGUUCCAGAAUUGAACUGAAGUUCGGCUAAAAUAUAAAUAAAUAGUAAAUAAAAAAUCAUAUUUGUAAACUUGGUACUUGGAUAUACGAAUACUUUGAGUUGGUUUGCAGUGUUAAAGGUUUGAGAACCACAGAUCUAUGGGUAUCAAAAUGCGACCAUAAUUUACAAACUGCGACCUGGAACUAGUGACCGACGCCGUACACUUGUACUGUAGGAAAAUCUACACUGGUAUUAAUGUAAAAGUAGAGCUUGUUUUUCAUAGGUUCACUGUAGGACAUCUAAAGGUACUCGCACCUUAUGUUGUGAACCGUGUCACGUGUGAAACUAGUGAAAAAACUUUGGUCUUUCUGGUGCUUUACUCUGCAGUCGUGAAAGUGAAACGGUCAGACAUGACAAACUACUCAACUGUUGGCUACAAAACUGGACAAAAAAAAAAGCUAAGAUGAGCUGUGACAUAUAAGACUCGUCAAUCCAAGUGAAAACUUCAGAUCAUCUACUAAAUAAUCUCAACACAGACUGUAGUCUUCACUGUGAGUAGUCUCCAAAUUAGACUAAUGUUUGCAUGAACAGCCUUACCUUUCCACACUGUAGCCUCAGGUCAUCAGUCUGUCUGUCUCUGUUUUCAUGGAACUAGGACUGUAUGCUGUCAGGUGUUGUUUCUGCUCCAGGGGGCGCCACACAUCACGAACAAAAACAGGAAGUGACGUCUACGUUGUCUGUUAUCUAAUUGGCCCAAAAGUGGCUUUAAAUUUUUUAUCGCCACCUGUUGACCUGGAGUCAUCCUUGAUUUAUAAAUCUGUAAAUAUUAUAGGUUUGUUUGGACGAUUAAAUUAAUGAUAAAUGAUGUGGUUGGUUGUAAAAUUUACAUAUUACAGAUUGAGGAAGAUUUUUAAAAAGAAUUAUGUCCAUGUGGGGCUCCCUCUAGGGAGCAAAAAAAGCUACUGCACUCCCCAAAAACCCACACAUUGAAACAAAACCACACCCAUGAAUACGAACAGAACCAAAUGAGUGACAUACAGAACUGGAAAAGAAUCGAAUGUCCGUCGUCGUCAGUCCAUGAAAAUCCAAACUGACGAUUCUCACCGUCACACCUCGGUUUUCUCACUCACUCCGUGAAACACAUCCAUUUCUUCUGAUGUAACUGAGCCAGUCCUGUCCUCCUGCUCUCACCUUCCGUACAGUCCUAGUUUCCCACACCUCCUCUGAAGUGUUCUACAUUCACGUUCUGUUCCUGUCGACCCGUACGUAGCUUUUUUUUUUUUUUCUGUGUGUUUGUGUUUGAAUGUGUGUGUGUGUUGUGUGUGUUGUGUGUGUAGGGUGCUACCUCAAUCUGCACUCAACGAUGCCUCCUCGCCUCCUCCACUCUCAGGGGGUGCAGGGUAGCUGCCUUUUGUACGAGCAAAUGUACAGACGACGGGUGACGUGACGUGACGUGACGUGACGUGAGGAGAGAAGGAAGCAACGGGAUCCACUCAUGCAUGAAAAAAACCAACUAUACACUGUAUCUGAUCCACGGAGAGGCCACGGUUGGCAGGAUGUGUAUGUAUGGAUGUAAAUAUGAAGGAAGACCCCCCCCCCCCGGCACCCCUUGUCUUUUUUUUAACAACUAUGUAACUUAAAAUGACAAUAUUCAGGUUGCUAACUCGAUGGUAUGUACCUAUACAUGUUUUUGCACCCUCGGAAACCAGAACAAGAGAGAAAAAAAAAAAACACACACACACACUCUCGCCGGCUGUCUCUGAACUCCUGGAACUGCCCCCCCCCACCCUCACCCCGCCCCCCCGUUUUCAGACUGGACAGAGGGACUCUCUGUGUGCAGGCCCACACAGUGUGUCCUGAGACGCUGACCAGUGUUAGUACAUGUACUGUAUGUGUGUCUGCAGCAGGCGUGGGUGAGGGUGAGGGUGAGGGUGAGGGUGGGGGGGGGGCAGGGGGGGUGAGUGUCCUGUCAGGAGGGACGUCGAGACGGGUGUCGGGCCUUCCGCCCCAUGUACAGGUGUGAACUCUGAGCACAAAGGUGAAUUUUGGGACUAGAGACACCGCGGCGGACUCCGUUUCUUUGGUUGAGCCUGUACAUUCCUUCUGAAUCUUCUGAAUGUGUAAACCUGUACACGUGGUGUUGAAAUUCCUCUAUUAAUGUGUAUCAAGAGAAUGGAACAAAGACAAAAAAUGUUACUUUUUAAAUUAUUAUUAAUAUUAUCAUUAUUAUUAUUAUUAUUAUUAUUACUCUUAUUGUCUAGCUUUGUAAAACUGCUGAUCCAUCUGGCAUACCUCAGCAGGCCUGUCCCCUUCUUUCAAAAAAAGGACGAGUGGCUGACCGGGGAAGUAAGGUUUUGGAUAAACUAUUUUUAAUUGUGGUUAAAGCAAUAGACUUUUUGAUCUUUGAAUUGUGCAUGGCUGUGUCUUGAGUGUAAAAAAAAAACUACAAAAAAAAAACUACAAAAAACAAAUACUGCAGUUUGGGAACUGGACUGAAAUAAAAAGAGGAAGAAAAAAAAACAGAGUUGUGAUGAUGUUUGUCGGCGCUGUGAUGAUGAAAUUAUACUGGCUGUUACUGUGAGACUGCAUGUAGGAAUAAAAGGAAGACACAAAAAAAAGAAGAAUCAGAAUAAAAAAAACAUUUAAGUGUCUUUAAAAUGAAACAUUCCGUGUUCGUUAACAACCGACAGGUGGAUUUUACUGUGAAAAAAUCUUGAUUUUACAGAGAAGAAUAAAAAAAAAAGGUAAAUAUACAUAUGUUGAGCAGCAGUUACUGUUUA